AUGCUCACACGUCGUGUUUGUGCCAGCGUGCGCGGCGGCAUCCUCUCCCCGCUAUGUGCCACAGCUGUCCGGUCUCAGGCAUUCGGUACCGGGCCUCCGACACAGAGCCCAGUCAGAGCUCCUACUCUGGCAGACAUCACGCCUGAUAGUGCUGCUAGCUUCAAUGAGAAGCAGAAGAGCUUCCGUGAUGGUCUGGCCGCAGCUCAGAAGCGAAAGGAACAGGAAGAAAAAGAGGCUCGCGCCCGUGAGCAAGAGAACGGCAAGAAGAAGGGCGGUGCGCUGUCAUCUCUCAUCUACGGUACACCCGAGGGCCGCGAACUCGACAAGGACAUUGAGCGCAGCUUUUCUCAGGUCCUGGCUCGCGGUAAAUACGUCCACUCGAUUGUGUUCCACGAAGUACAGCCAGACAAGGUCGAAGAAUACACUGAGCUGGUUGGAAGUUGGUAUCCGAAGAUGGCUUCUAUCCCCGAGAACAAGGUCCAUCUUGUAGGUAGCUGGCGGACUGAAGUGGGAGACUGCAACACUUUCGUGCACAUCUGGGAAUACCAACGAUACGAGGGUUAUCACGAAUCGCUACACAACAUCCAGUCUCACCCAGAGUUCCCUGAGUUCGACGCCAAACUCAAGAAAUUAAUCAUGUCCAAGAAAAACUCUCUCAUGCAGGAGUUCUCCUUCUGGCCAACAACACCGCCCCGCCAACUCGGUGGCUUAUUCGAACUGCGCUCGUAUACACUGCAUCCAGGCAACCUGCUAGAAUGGGAAACACAUUGGAGACGUGGCUUGAAGGCUCGGCGGGAAGUCAUGGAGGGUGUAGGUGCUUGGUUCGUUCAGAUCGGCGAUCUCAACACAGUACAUCAUCUAUGGCAGUUUGCGAACCUAGAAGAACGCAAGGUUCGCCGCGAGCAGAGCUGGAGCGUGGAGGGCUGGGGCGAAACAGUGCACAAGACAGUGCCGCUCAUCCAAACCAUGAAGAGCAGGAUCUUAAUUCCUUGCUCCUGGAGCACUGUUGCUUAG